GCUCUGGACUCUCCAACUACUUCAACACAUAUUGUCCCAGCGUUCUCGUUGACACCCUUCCUCUUGGGUUGUGCUUUACAAUGCAAUGGAUAAUAGUGAGGCACAGCAGAUUUUGUUGCACUCGUAUGCCGUUCUUGUGGCAACCAGUAUCCUGGUGUAUGACCAUGCAGCGACCCUCACGGAAGAAAUCACUUUCAUCUGGUAUCGUCCGAAAGCACCAUCUGCAAUGCUAUUUCUGCUCAAUCGCUAUAUCGCUCUGCUCGGAAAUAUGUAUGGUUUAUUGAUUAAUUUCCUGCCUGUUCCAAAAGAGCUGUCCGAAAUAUUUGCUCUCCAGAGAACUCCUCAUUUUUUGUCAACAAUUCAUCUCAUAUUGAGUCUUCGGACUUAUGCUCUCUACGGCCGUAGCAAGCAUCUGCUGAUUUGGAUGGUAGUGGUCGUUAUUGCUCUUGCAGGACUAGCUUCUGCGGGAAUAUUUGGACAUCUUUCAAGUACUGUAAUCGUCACGUCAGGAGUUGUCUGCUACGAAUCAGAUGUAACAGUGACACCAGCCAGUCCUGGGCUGGCAUGGGUGGCUCUAUUUGCCUACGAAUUACUCAUCUUUGUCCUCACAUUAUCCAGGAUUUUCAAAAUUAGAGGAAUGCUGCGGUCACCAUAUUUUCUAAUGUCCAGGCAAAACACCGUUGACAUCAUAUUCCAAGAUGGUACGAUGUAUUUCGGAGCGAUGACACUAUCUAAUAUACCGAACAUCGUGAUGUUCUACUGCGGUUCAGGUAUCAACAAAUUCAGUCUCGCCACAUUUACCAGCUGGUGAGUGGUUUAACGUGCGAUAAAAAUGAAUUUAUUUUCAUAUCGCUCUCCAGCAUGUCCGUGACUCUCGUAUCUAGACUAACGCUUAACCUGCACAAAUCUAUCGACACUGGCAUUUUCACCACUCCUAUCCAGGAUAACCACGAUUCCUAUAUCCUUACUACCAGGGUAUCCAUCCACGCACAAACUUUGAUUUCCUAAUAGAAUAUUGUGUCGAG